CCCGCGUUUUCUCUUCCCUAAGACCCAGCUUCUUCAGCCUCAAGCCAGAGAGGAAGAGAGAGCGAAAAUGGAGUCAUGGGUGGCACUCCUCGAGAUCUUCCUGAAGUCCCCGGCACCUGAGACCGAAGCAUCUCAAUGGUUACACCAAGCGUUCAAUGCCUCAUCGUCUACAGCCCCAAUUACCACGAGCGCUUUCCUCUCGAUACUCACAAAACCCUCUGACGCCGUUGUCAUCGAGUGCUCGUCAUCUUCUACUCCUUCCUCGACUCCUAGCACAAAGCGGGUCAUGUUUAUAGAGACUUUACCGAGUACAAUUCAGGCUCGGGUUCUCUCUUUUCUGGCUUAUGAGCGCCAGAGGUUUUGCGCGCGGGACUUGUCGAUGCUGGCUCGGAAUGUUUUGAGUGGGAAUCAGGGGCUUGAUUUUUGGGUCAAGAGAGCCGCUUGCAAUCUGCUCGAUGCAUUGUCUGAGUCGAAUUACGAAUGGAUUUCUUGCUUGGGUUUGGAUUCUGGGGAAGAGGGCGUGGAUGAAGAGUUUGAAUCAGUACCGGGUUGGCUUAAGGAGGCUGCGGGUGCCAAUGAUAUUCUUUUCCCUUGGCUUCCUAUUUCGCCUGAUGAAUUGGAUUCAACAACAUUUCUUGGUAAUGAUGGUGAUAGUGUAGAUUUCCCCAAGCAAGACGGACAGAUUGGAGGAGAAGAGUUGAGUGAAGUUGCGGAGGAAAUGGAGAUCGAUCAGCCGUCAAAUGUUCCUCUUGAACCUGAAGUUCAGGAAAAGAUUACUUGUUUGAAAGCUAGGAUUAUGACUUUUGAAUCUUCUUCAAAAGCGGUGGAUUUAGCUACUGAAAUUCGCCAACUUUGCUUGGACAAGGGCAGAGAUUCUUUUGUGGUCUUGGGUCUCAUAGAACCUUGGCUGGCGGAUGAUGAGACUGCUUCAGUUUUAAUUUCGCAUCUUGCGAAUGGAAGCGAAGAAGAGCUUAGUUGGCCGAGCCAGGUUCUAUGCUCAGUCAUCCUUCCCAAGUUGUUGUUCCUCGAAAAACCAGCUUCUCGUGUGCUUGUGGCUGCAAUAACAGAGUAUUGCAAGCUUCAUCAGAAAGCAGCCGUGUAUGCACUCUUGUUUCCAUUGAUUUUCCGGAGAGAAGGCAUCAACAACCCCAUCUGUGAUGUGAUCACGAGGAUCAUUAGGGAAUGUUUGCACCCAGCUCAUGUUUCCGCUUUUUGCCAAAAGCUAUUAUGUGGAGAAAAAGAUGAAAGGAGGAUUAUCUGUCUUCCCUGCCAUCAACAUUUGCUAUCUAAUGAGUUUGUGUGGACAGAAUCAUUGUUUAACCUGUUCCAAAUCAUCUUGAAUCAUAAUGUUCAUUUAACUCAAGAUUCCAUUGAUCAAAUUGUUUACCAGGGUCAGCAAUUGGCUGUAAAUUUUUCCAAAUCUUUAAAAUUUGGGAACUUUUUGUUGUGUUUUGUCACCAAAUGUUCUCCAUUGUUGAAGCCUCAUAAGCUUUUAUUGAUUGAAGCUGUUGAGAAAACCAGUACUCUUGUUACCAAAUCUAUAUUAUCUAAAUUGGCUAACUUGUAGCUAUUCUAUGAAAA